UCAUCAGCAGUAUCUUAAUGUUUGGAAAGUUCUGAGACUCACCCUGUUGGACUACUUGUAACCAGUGCCUGAGACUACAAAAGCGUAUGUGUAGAAGGACCUUCCCGUGAAGGAAGCAUCCAUUUCAAUAUUGUGGAAACUCUGUGCAAGCCUUGCAAGGCAGGAGAGCAAUUUGUGCUUCUGUUGACGCUCGUGUGUAAUCUCUGCUUCUUAUGCACUCCAGCACCCCUAUCAGUUCCUUGUUCUCCUUUACCAGCCCUGCAGUGAAAAGGCUGCUGGGCUGGAAACAAGGAGAUGAAGAGGAAAAGUGGGCAGAAAAAGCUGUUGAUUCCUUGGUGAAGAAAUUAAAGAAGAAAAAAGGUGCCAUGGAAGAACUGGAAAGGGCUCUGAGCUGCCCAGGUCAGCCCAGUAAAUGUGUCACGAUCCCGCGUUCUUUGGAUGGCCGGCUGCAGGUGUCUCACCGCAAGGGGCUUCCCCACGUCAUAUACUGCAGAGUGUGGCGCUGGCCUGAUUUACAAUCUCACCAUGAGUUGAAACCACUGGAAUGUUGUGAGUUCCCAUUUGGCUCAAAACAGAAAGAAGUGUGUAUUAACCCCUACCAUUACCGGCGGGUGGAAACCCCAGUCCUACCUCCUGUACUCGUUCCAAGACACAGUGAGUUUAACCCUCACCUCAGCCUUCUCGCCAAGUUUCGAAACACUUCACUGCACAGCGAGCCGCUGAUGCCGCACAAUGCCACCUAUCCUGAUUCUUUCCAGCAUCCUCCGUGCACUCCUUUUCCAUCAUCACCCAGCCACAUGUUCUCUCAGUCGCCUAACAGCAUCAGCUAUCCCAACUCACCAGGAAGCUCUUCCGGACCAGGAAGUCCCUAUCAGCUCACGGUGGAAACUCCACCUCCACCUUACCAUGCAAGAGAACCUUCAGGAACCCACAAUGGGCGGUCAAUGGAUGCAAUAGCUGAAAGUCAACUAGUGCUGUCUUUGCCCAAUGGAGGUAAAUCUGCCGAUGGAGAAGCUGAAAACUUUCGCCCUGUUUGCUAUGAGGAACCGCAACACUGGUGCUCAGUUGCCUACUAUGAACUCAACAACCGGGUAGGGGAGACUUUCCAGGCUUCCUCUCGAAGUAUCCUUAUAGAUGGAUUUACAGAUCCCUCAAAUAACAAAAACAGGUUCUGCCUGGGAUUGCUCUCAAAUGUAAACCGCAACUCUACUAUAGAAAACACCAGGAGACACAUAGGAAAAGGUGUUCAUCUUUACUACGUUGGUGGGGAAGUUUAUGCUGAAUGUGUCAGUGACAGCAGUAUUUUUGUGCAAAGCCGUAACUGUAACUACCAGCAUGGUUUCCACCCAGCCACUGUCUGCAAGAUCCCCAGUGGCUGCAGCCUCAAGAUCUUCAACAACCAGCUUUUUGCCCAGUUGCUGGCUCAGUCAGUCAAUCAUGGUUUCGAAGUGGUGUAUGAGCUGACCAAGAUGUGUACUAUUCGAAUGAGCUUUGUUAAAGGCUGGGGAGCAGAGUAUCAUCGCCAAGAUGUUACAAGCACGCCCUGCUGGAUUGAGAUCCACCUGCAUGGACCAUUGCAAUGGCUGGAUAAGGUGCUGACACAGAUGGGCUCACCUCAUAAUCCCAUCUCCUCAGUCUCUUAAGAAUCAUCUCUA